AUGGCUUCCCCCAAGGGUAAAAACCCUGUGGCCUUUACGCCAUGGCCAGUAACCAUCAUCGUCACGGUGGUCUACCUGGCCUUGCUCAUUCCUGUCCUCGUUAUCCAUGAAAAUGUUCCGUCCGCGCCCCGAACCAGCCCCAAGGGCUUGAACCUUACCGAGGCAUGGUCCGACCUCCAGGUCUUGACCAACGGCUUUCACCCUUACAAUUCGCACAAGAACGACGAGGUCCGCUCGUGGUUACUUGAACGCGUCGACGCGAUCCAUAAGUCCUCUGUCAGCGCCGCCGAAGACGAAUCUACUCCGGACUUCUUUGUCUUUGACGACUUGACUUCCAACCUGACCUCAAUCGACGGCCAGAUCGGUGUGUACUUCGAGGGCACAAACAUCCUCGUCUACAUUCGUGGUUACGAAGACCAGCAGGACAACUGGUGGGAGGUUCCUGGUAAAUCACCCACUGGAAAGGGCGGAGUGCUCGUCAACGCGCAUUACGAUAGUGUGUCCACCGGAUAUGGCGCCACUGAUGAUGGUGUUGGCGUCGUGUCUUGUCUGCAGCUUAUCCGGUACUUCUUGAGCCCUGGACACGCGCCGCGCCGCGGACUGGUCGUACUUUUCAAUAACGGUGAGGAGGAUUACUUGAAUGGCGCGCGCGCGUACAGCCAGCAUCCGAUGGCGAAGUUUGCGCACACCUUUGUUAACCUUGAAGGUGCGGGUGCUGGUGGUCGUGCUACUUUGUUCCGGAGCUCGGAUGCGGAGGUUACGCAGUCAUAUGCGAAAUCGAAGUAUCCGUUUGGUUCGGUGCUGAGUGCCAAUGGGUUUGAGAAGGGUCUUGUCAAGAGUCAGACGGAUUAUGUUGUCUUCCAGGGCAUGAUGGGUCUGCGAGGACUUGACGUGGCCUUCUUUGAGCCUAGAGCUAGGUACCAUACUGAUCAGGAUGAUGUGCGUCAUACGAGCAUGGGCUCUCUGUGGCAUAUGCUCACCGCUGCCGUUGCGUCUACCGAGGAUUUAGUCCAGGAUUCGAGUAACCGGUUUGAUGGCGAGGCUCGGGAUGAUGGCCUUGUGCCAAGUGGUAAAGGUACCAAGGCUGUUUGGUUCGACCUCUUUGGUAGUACAUUCGCUGUCUUCCGUCUCCAUACUCUCUUCGCGAUAUCUGUGACUAUUCUCAUUGUGGCGCCUUUGACACUGUUGGUCACUAGCAUUGCUCUGUCUAAGGUCGAUAAGAUGUAUCUCUUCCGAUCUGCUGUGCGUGUUGACAUCAGUGAUGAGACCGUUUCGAUUCGAGGUCUUCGAGGCUUCUUCCGUUUCCCGUUUCUUCUGGUUAUUCCGACCGCUGUGACCGUGGGAUUGGCCUACCUGGUUACAAAGGUCAACCCUUUUAUCGUCCACAGCAGUGCUUAUGCUGUGUGGAGCAUGAUGAUUUCCUGCUGGGUCUUUUUGGCCUGGUUUGUCUCCUGCGUCGCUGACUUUUCUCGACCCUCCGCAUUCCACCGCGUGUAUACCUGGACCUGGAUGUUCGUUCUUACAUGGGCUUUGCUGGUUGUGACCACUGUCUAUGUGAAUGAGGAUGGACUGGCUGGAGGAUACUUUAUGUUUUUCUACUUCGCUGGCACUUGGCUGGCUACCUGGAUCUCCUAUGUCGAGCUGUUCUCCCUUCCUACCCAGUCGGAGUACAUCGAUCACACCUACCAGGGCUCUCGACGAGCAAUUGCCUUUGGAAGCCGACUUGGAACAUCUUCUGGGGAUGAACCCCAGGAAGAGGAGGAUGCUGUUGUGGAGGAGGCAACUGAGUCUACUUCGCUCUUGCGUGGUCAGCACCGAACUACAUUUGCCAACUACGUUAAUGUGGCUGGAGAUAAUGCAAAUGAAGAAAACGAGGAGGAGAACUACGACCCCAAUGUGUAUGGCCACGAGCAAUCAUGGAGUGCUUCCCUUCCAUCCUGGACCUGGAUCCUGCAGCUACUCCUCACAGCCCCCGUCAUCAUUAUGCUGGUUGGUCCCAUCGCACUUUUGUUGACCAGCGCCCUUCAUCAGACCGGUCAAGAUGGCAAUCCCCAGUUGUUCGUGUACAUCUCCAUUGCUAGUCUGACAGUGGUUUUGUUCAUGCCGAUGCUGCCUUACAUCCAUCGCUACACUUACCACGUCCCGAUCUUCCUGCUUAUGGUCCUGCUCGGCACCCUUAUCUACAAUCUUGUUGCAUUCCCAUUCUCAGAUACCAACCGCGUGAAGCUGUACUUCUCACAGCGUGUCGACCUGGACCAAGGAAACUCUACUUCCUAUCUGACCGGCAUGCCUCCAUUUGUUGGAGACGUGGUCCGCGGCCUCCCAAGCGCAGAUGGUCACGCAGAUUGCGUCUGGAAUGAUGCUCUCUCCCGUGCUCAAUGCUCCUGGAAUGGACCCGAGCCACACGUUGUCCCCACUGAUGAUGAUAGCGAUAGCAAGAGCCUCUCAUCUCCCUCUGCUGACUGGGUCUCUUUCACUACCUCGCACCCAGAGGAGAUCGGUCAAUCUUCUAUCCGCUUUGACAUUUCAGGCCAGAAUACGCGCUCCUGCCGUAUCACCAUGGAUCACCACCCCAUCCGAAACUUCAGUGUCAUCGGAGGCUCUGCUCCUGACAAGCGUUUCACCAAACCAGGCCGUGACGGCAUCCAUGAAAUCCGUCUCUGGAGUCGUACUUGGAAGAACCACUGGACUGUCGAUCUUGAUUUCGGCGAAUCCAAGGAUGGUGGUUCCUCUAGCGACGCUGCUGUUUCCCACAAGGGUCGUGUUUCUUGUAUCUGGAGCGAUACCAACACACCUGGCGUUGUUCCCGCUCUUGAUGAGCUGAUGCACUAUGCUCCUUCUUGGGUUGGUGUGACCAAGAUGACUGAUGGUCUGGUUGAAGGAUAUCGUGAGUUUGAGCUCCGUUUGGAUGCUUCAGGUGUCUACAAGCAGGUUUAG